AUGCUCGAGGUGAGUCCUCAGGAAUCCGGCGGGUGUGCUUGUGCUUUCUGGCUCGCUUGUGCUGUUCAAGCACUUCGUGCAGAAGUGGGCUGUCGCCGUGAUUAUCACGACCAGUCGGCGGAAUCUCGGCCUCUGCGAAUUGGUGCCACGACGCGCCGGAGUCCAUAUGCGUGGCUGUGCCGCGGUACCACUGUUGAGAAAAGCUUCUCGCACGAUGAGGCCGCUACAACUGUCACUGCAGAAGUUUCUCGUGAUUGGGUCCUGAGGCUUCCAUCUGUGAUCGUUGACAACUACGACGACGAUCAGUUUUUCACGCUUUUCUCCGAUAUUGUUAUGUGUGACAUCCUUCCUGCAGAUAGAAAUGUGAAUGUUCAGUGUGAACUAGCUAUAGAUCCCACUCAACAUAAAUACUGGAUGGCAUGGCCUCCGCUCUUCACUUAUGCACCUCAUUGGGUGAAAAUUCCAACCAAAGAGCGGCCUCCGCGCGCGAUAGCUGGAGGCAACACCGCGCAUGAUCUCUGCAAGGUGGAAACCCUUCGACCUACUGAUGCGACGAACGCAAUCCUGCCCUCUUACUGUCGGAAGAAUAUCGGUGGCUAUCUGGGCUUCUGUGCAGGAUUUGAAGCGAGAUGUCCGGACCUCACCUCGGCUGCAUGGAGGGCUGCUUUGAGGAUGGCGUAG